AUGGCGGCGCCCGCCGGCGUCUGGCUCGCGUUCGGCUUCAGCCCCGAGGAGGCGGCCGGGGAGCCGGGCCCGGGCCCGGGCCCGUGGCGGCUGGAGGCGGGCCCCGAGGGGAUCUCCCGCGUGUGGCCCGCCUGGAGCUACGUGGUCGUGGAGACCGGCGCGGGGCUGGAGGUGCGGAGCGCGGGGCAGCGGCGGCGGCUGCCGGGCUGGGCCGAGGCGCUGCCGUCCGAGACGCACCUGGUGCUGCGGGGCGCGGCGGCGGCCGGGGCCUGGCGGCGGGCGGCGGCGCUGAGCGGGGCGCUGCGGGACGGGCCCGCCUGGAGCCGCGCGCUGCCGCCGCAGCCCCGCCACCCGCUGCCGCUGCCGCUGCUGCCCGGCGGCUUCGCCACGCCGCGGCCGCCCUUCUUCACCGCGCUGCCGGCCGGCCUGCGGGCCCGGCGGCUGGUCCUGGGCACGGAGCACGCCCUCGCACUCGGCGCCGCCGGGGAGGUCUUUACCUGGGGCGGCGGCAGGCACGGGCAGCUGGGCCACGGGCUGCUGGAGCCGGAGCUGCAGCCGCGGCUGGUGGAGGCGCUGGCCGGGGUGCCCAUGGGCGCGGUGGCGGCCGGCGGGUGGCACUCGGCCAGCGUUAGUGAGGCUGGAGACCUGUACAUGUGGGGCUGGAACGAGUCGGGGCAGCUGGCUCUGCCCUCCAAGGCGCUGGCAGAGGAGCGAGCGCGAGAUGAGGAGGCGGGCGCAGGGAGCACCGAGCUGAUGCCCUGCCGGGAGCAGCAGGCUCCCAAGGAUGCUGCGUUCAUCUCCAUCCAGGCGUUCCCGGCACUGCUGGACCUGCCGGAGGAUCUGGAGGUCAGCGCGGUCAGCUGUGGCUCCCGACACACAGCCGUGGUCACACGAGGCGGGGAGCUCUACACCUGGGGCUGGGGUAAAUACGGACAGCUGGGACAUGGGAACAACAUCAGCUCUGACCAGGCACGCCGUGUCGAGCACCUGGUGGCCAAGGGAUUGCGUGUGGAGGAGGUGGUAUGUGGGCCCUGGACCACUUAUGUACGUGUGCGGGAGUCGUGAGGGCCCCAGGACCCAUGGGUGCUGCCAGAGGAGGAUGAGGGCAGGCUCUGCUCUGCAGGACCGGCUUCAGGACCACUCGGUCCUCAGGGCCAGGGCAGACAGCCCCCCGUGGCACAGGAUGGGGCUGAGGUAGCCCACAGUGACCUGAUGGACACGCUGCAGUGGGGCUGCAGCUGCAUCAGGGCCAGGGACACCCUGGGACGGGCUGGAUGUGUUUAUUAAAUUCACUUUUCUGUAA